ACAGGCGAAUUUGAUGAUGUAUCGAUAGACGGUAGCGAACGUUGAGGUAAUAAUCCAAGGGGUCGGGCCAAUGGAACAAAGGGCAGUGCAAGGUCGAUAAGCCGACUGGUAAUGGUGAACGUUGGUAUGAGCCGUAAAGGGACAGUUCGCAUGGGCGCUACGCCUAUCAGAGCCCUCUGUUUGUAGGGCAGAGGUGCGGAAUGGUGCUGCCUGACCUGGAAAGUCCAGUCGAAGAGAGGUAAAGUGCCGUUGCCCAAUGUGAUGAUUUCUGCACUGCCGGUUUUGGAUCUGAGGUGCACCACUGGGGAGCCUCGUUAUGGUAAUGGUUUGGGCGGCAGUGGGAACGGUGGUCUGCCUGUUCAGUGGGACCCAACUAGAGGCCCGUUGGCGCCUGCGAGGGAUGACUCCACACCCAACGGCAAUAUCCAAGUCGGAAAUGGCGCAGCUAUUGGGAGCAGCAGCAGCAGCAGCAGCAAUAGUAGUAGUACUAGUAGUACUAGUAGUAGUAAUGGUAGUACUAGUAGUAGUAAUGGUAGUACUAGUAGUAGUAAUGGUAGUAGUAGUAGCAGCAGCAGCAGUCUGAGUUGCGCCUGUGAUGAUAAGUAUUCGCAGUCUGCGCUCCUUCAUGUAUUGUAAUGACAAAGUCUUUUUCCACAAUACAUAGCACCUAGGUACAAGUACAAGGUGGAGGUGGUAGCAGGCAAAAAGCUACUCAAAGGGGAUAA